UAAAAAGAUGCCUAAUCAUAACCUUAAUCGAUAACCAGGAGUUGAUCUAUAUAAGCCCAGAAUAUGUAAUUUUGACCAGUACGAGAGUACAUUUCGAAUAUGAAUAUCAGACUUUUGACACUCCUCCUAGUUACCGUAGGUUCCUCCUAUGGAGGCCUCCUCUUCGGAAAAAACAGCAUCUUUCAGAAAGUAGGCGACGCCGUCGGUAUUGGCAAUCUCGUAAGCGUUAGCGCUGACGCUGAAGCUAACCUUCUUGGAAACAAAGUAGGUGUUGACGGAGCUGUAGGCGUUGGUUCAGAAGGUAUUGGUGCUCACCUCGCAGGAGAUGCUGAUGUUUUGGGACAGAAGGUUAAUGUCCAUGGUGAUAUUCUCGAUGGACACGCUAUCGACCAACACCAACACGAAGUUUACAGAGACAGCAGAGGCCGUCAAUACACCCUUCAACGUCAAUACAUCGGCUCCAACUCGGUCUUGGUCAGAAAAUACCUAGACGACGGACAGAUCUACGUCGAAGGCAAAAACGACGACAACGAGAUCCAACACAGACAAUCAGACGCCGGUAACUACUGGGAUGACAGAACUGGACAAGUUGUACUCAUCGAUCCCUCUAAACUCGCACAAAACAACAACAUCAAUGUUGGUGGACAAAAUCUUGUCUGGGACCCAGCCAGCAAUGGUUACAUCGUCAUCGGUGGCAACAGUAACGUCGUCUACGAUAGAGACAGCAACGGACAGCUCGUAAUUAGACAACCAAGCAACAACCAGGUUGUUUACGAAAGAGAUGCUAAUGGCAAUAUUGUCGUCAGACAAAUUUCUGGCGGAAAUCCCGGAAAUAUUAUCAUCAGAGAUGACGGAGCUCCCGCGUCAAGUGCUCAAGACCAACAGUACCUACAGUGGCUGUUACAACAACAACAACAACAACAACAGCAACAACAACAACAACAAUAUUAUCCACAACAACAACAGCAACUACAGCAGCAAUGGACCAUCCAACGUGUUGCAAAAUAAUGAAACAAUCUAGUCAAUUUCUUGUAAUAUUUUAAUUUUUUUCUUUGUUUAAAUAAAAUAUUUUUAAAAUUUAA